AAUAAGGAUGAGGUUACUGACUGGAGGUGACGCCGCGCCCCUUUCGGCAUCUGUCAGGAAGUGAAUUCAAGAAAAAUAGGAGCGCAAAACCGCGGACACCGUGGGUCGCAGACGGACAAACAUACGGCCGCCGAUUUUGAGUUUUUACCAGUAAGCUAGACAUCUGAAUGCUGCAUAUACACGGACAACACUACCAAAAUGCUCAUUAAAGAAUUUCGAGUCAUCCUCCCCAUAUCUGUGGAAGAGUACCAAGUGGGGCAGCUGUACUCUGUGGCUGAGACCAGUAAGAAUGAGACGGGUGGAGGAGAAGGGGUGGAGGUUCUGAAGAAUGAACCCUAUGAGAAGGACGGAGAGAAGGGCCAGUACACCCACAAGAUAUAUCACCUGCACAGUGAUGACGAUACGGAUCUCUCAUGUAAAGUGCCAAACUAUGUGCGCAUUCUGGCACCAUCAACUGCUCUUAACAUCCACGAGAAGGCCUGGAAUGCUUACCCCUACUGUCGGACUGUUAUUACAAAUGAAUACAUGAAGGACAAUUUUCUGAUUAAAAUUGAGACGUGGCACAAGCCCGACAUGGGGGUUCAGGACAAUGUACACGGACUAGACCCAGACCAAUGGAAGAAGACUGAAGUAGUCUACAUUGACAUCGCUGACAAAACCCAAGUGGAUGCCAAGGACUAUAAGCCAGAAGAAGAUCCUGCCAUAUUCAAGUCAGAGAAGACAGGCAGGGGCCCCCUGGGGCCUAACUGGAAGAAAGAGCUUCCCAGCAACACAAACUCUCCUCACAUGUGCGCCUAUAAGUUAGUCACAGUCAACUUCAAAUGGUGGGGAGUCCAGAACAAAAUUGAGAACUUCAUUCAGAAGCAAGAGAAGCGAUUGUUUACAAAGUUCCACAGACAGCUGUUCUGUUUGAUUGAUAAAUGGAUCGGACUGACAAUGGAGGACAUUCGCCGUAUUGAAGAGGCGACCCAAAAAGAGCUGGAUGAGAUGAGGGAGAAGGAUCCAGUCAAAGGGAGUUCUGCUUCAGAGGACUGAGGCUGUGCAGCUGUGAUUUAACAGAUCUGAAAAAGUGGAACGAAACACCAGCAUCUCUGCCCUGCCCUAGUACUUGGAAAUUAUAUGGCUGUAUGCAGACCCCUAUACUGUCCAGGCKAGCCAUGGAGAGGCCCCAGCAGCCCAGAGGUCCACAGCCACCUUACCUCUGGUGGCCAUCACGUUCCUAACUAAUUAUGUCACUUGUCAAGUUUUUUUUAAAUGGGAUUUUUUUUGUUGAGUUCUAAUGCUGGUAUUUUCUAUUGUCUUUAAUUCCUCAUGUGUUUUGUGGACAAAGCUGUAUUUGUUGGUUACUCCUGUCUUUCAAAGUACUACGAUGUCUUUGUAUUUCCCUCUUGGUUACAGUACAUUUUUCUUGCCCGGGGACAAUCUGCAUCAGCAGGCCAACCUGAAUCAGCAGGCUGAAAUCCACUUGUAGUAUUAUGGUUUUGGGCUUAUGUCUUUUUGGGGCAAGAAAUAUGGAACAAUAUACCUGGUCUCUGAGUAAUAAAUCUUGUCCUGUACUGUAUUUUUCUGUAUUAAUUCACAGGGUCAUUUUCUCUGAUUUAAUUGAUUGAGCAACAUUUAUUGUUCUAUACAACCUAUGUUAUUCAAUAUUAAAAAUAGUAUAUUUAUA